AACUAUCACAGAAUGAACCAUAAAAAAGGAUGUCCCACUUACUUUUGUGAGUAAGUAAUUAAGUUAAAUUAAAUCUUUACACUUUUGCUAUAAUACCAGAGUUAACCUUAUAAGAUAUAAAAAUCAGUUUCUUAACAUUAUAGAGUUUUUUAUGGAACAAAUGUUUCUUCUUUUUGUACUUCCUGCAUCAGAAUAGUUUAAUAAAUAAAUUAUUUGGUUCUCCCUUGUUGAACAAAGUAGUAGAAGUAUAAAUUAAAAAGAAAAUUUGAACCUAUUUCUUCUAAAGGAAUUAAAUCAUGUUCUGUUUUAAUAGAUUAUGGUCAGGCACACAGAAAUCUACAAAAAAAACGUAUAUACAAAGAUGCUCCUUUAACCCUAAAGGAAUAUAGAAAUAAUUUCAUUAAAAAUGUAAGAAAAAAAAGAAAAACAAAGUUAAUCUCUUUUGGCUGUAUUAAAUGAAAUGUUGUUGAUGGGAUGAGGAUGAUGAAAGAAGAAGUGCAGGGAGCAUCAAAUGAAUUGGCCUCACUUUGCUCUUUUUAUUUGAAUACAUCUUCUAAAUUCACAUUAAUUUACAGGUUUGCACCUCUUAAUACAUAAAUUAUGCAUAAACACGUUGUAAUAUAAAAAAUAAUAAAAGCUGCACAGAUAUAUAACCUCAGCCUGUCAAACACCCAGAAACUGUCAUUAGUAUUCUGAACACUAGGGGGCAGUGAAUGCGCACUAAUAACUGUAGCACGCCCCUAUUUUCCCGCAGACGAAGAACCAUGGCUCCCAUAAACAAACGUGUGUUAGCUAGCUAGGAGACGAGUAGAAUAACGUUUGGAGCAGCGAUGGAGCUCGUGUGGGAUGACCACCCAGUGCCUGAUGGUCCUUUCUUUACCAGAGAUUUAUACAACAAAUACUCUCUUGCACCUCAUAUUAGAGAAAUCUGGGCUUCUCUCCAGAGUUCUGCAGAGAAUUCCACCGAAAAACAAGAGUCUGAAGUCGGGGCUGCAGAAGCCCCCAGCUCCCCAUCCCUAAAAGAUGCCGCAGAGUUAAAAGGCAAAAGUUGCAUCAGCCGCCAACGGCCCUCCUGGGACAGCACUGAUAGUGAUGCUUCAUGUGCAGUCAGUGCUGAGGGCACUGCAGACACUGAGGAGGGAAGAAAGACUAAAGGGAAGCAGAUUGAGGCCGUGGCUGCGUAUCCUGAACCCAGACUGCCCUUUCCCUGUCUGUCCAGCCUUUCCAGCAAAGAACAAAGCACUUAUGUUGGUUAUUUAAUGAGUAAAAAGAGCAGGAGUCCUCCACAGCAUUUAAAAACCAGAGUGAACAAUGAAGUCACGCAGUUCAUGAAGUACCUGCAAGAUGUGGCUAAAAUAUGCGCUGAAGACUACAACUUCAUGUCACCAGGAGCUUUGCAGUACACAGAGGAAUUGUUCAGAGCUUGUUUAGAGGACAUGAAGACACUCCCCCAGUUUUAUCAGAUCCAUGAGAUGACCAGUUUAACUGGGGGAACCUUCAAUCCGGGGCUGGCUCUGACCUUCGAAAAGCAGCUGCUGACGAUGGGCAACGUGAACGUUACCGACCACAAGAUAGUGCCUGCUGAUGCGCAGCUUGCACCGGAUUAUCAGAGUGUUUCAUCAGGGAGUCCUCCAGCUAAAAAGGCUAAGGACAUGCAUGCUAUGAUCACAAAUGAUGUGAACGCAGAAAAGCUCAGCGGUUUGUACGAGCCGCACGUCUGCCUGACUCGGGAUGCCUUGUUUAGGCUGCUGGACAAUCACGGCCCUGAUUUUGGGGACCAGUGGGAACUGCCCGUUACAGUAAAACUAUCCCCAACGAAAGUGAAUAGUCAGAGGAAAAUGGUGUACAUAGACCCCCCUCUUCUGAAGACGGAGAUUCCAAUCAGAGACAGAAGUCGGCUCUUCCAUGAAGAAAGUUUGAAGCUCUCCUUCAUAAACAACGGAAGUCGAAAAGUCUUCCACCUGAUGACGGAGCGUCCUGUAGAUGACCAGCAGCUCCCACCGGCCAAUGUGUCUCAGAGAAGUUGUGCGUCUCUAGAAAGCAGUGGGCUUGACUUUGAGAUGGACCUCACUGAUCUGGAGACGUUUGGAGAAAUGACGACCGCUAAGAAAGCCCCGAACAAGGAACGGGUUCAGAAUAAAGUCGCACCCGGUUCUCCGCUUUUACGAGGGACUAAGAGGUGCAGUGAGCAACCUCCAAGUGCUGACCGCAGUCCACAAAAAAAGGCUGUUCUGUCAGAUGUUCACCCCCCCAGAGCAGAGACGUGUCAGUCCGAUAGUGAGGCACCGAAGAGUAAGGUGAGACAAAGAAGUGAGGAAGACCAAGCUCAAGACUCGGAUGAUGAGAAACUGGUCAUCGACGACUUGGGAUCUCCAGCAGCCACACUCGCUAAAGACCAGGAUCAAAAGUCCCCGACCCCCUCUACAGCCCCCCCAGCUCCUGAGUCUGUUCCCGCUCCUGCAGAGACUCCGUCCUCCCCUAGAGUGACAAGAAGUGGACGAUCGUACAAAAGAGGGAUAUCCUGCGGGGACCAGCUGAGCGAGAUCCUCCGCAUGCAGUCAGCCAUGUUCAAAUCUGCCAGCGACACAGCAGCCGCCAAGUCCAGCAGAUGUGUGGAGCCCGCCGUUCAGCCUCAGCAGACGUCUCUGGUCAAGCCCUGCGUCACCUCUUACUUGGAACGACAAAAAAACGAGGACGGCGAGACGUCUUCUCACGAAACCUCCGUCAACAUCAGCACCACAGAGCACAAAAAAAUACUUUCACAAGACCUCCAGGCCUGUGCAGAAGAUGAACAGGACUAUGAAGCUCCAGUGGAGGGAAACGUGUUCUACAAGCUGUACAGUCUGCAGGACCUGCUGCUUUUGGUGCGCAGCUCUGUGUCCCUGACCCACAGCAGGCACUGCGGCAGCAGCCAAAACCAGUUUGUGCCGGUGCACGUCCUGCCAAAGCUGGAGUACCAACUCUGUUACGGCGUGGAGUGUCUAACCAGCAGUGAGGCCUGCGAGCUGUGGACCGAGUCGUUGCUUCACUCCAACACUGUGUCAUACAUCGCUCAUAUUAAUGCGCUCACGUCUAAAGUGGCGCUGCUGAGAAAACUCCCCGAUGACUGGAAACACAACAUCUCCUGCUGGUUCAAACCCUCCAAGUCGCUGAACAUACUGCACCACCUUUUGAAAAAGCUAACAGGCUUGCAGGAGGGGCAGUACCUGGUAGCACACAAAGCAGGGGAGCCUUUUGUGACGAUACUGAAGGCGGGGAAAGGGGGACCGCAUAACCUGCAGCAGGUGCACAGCUGCGUUCCUCCACCCCCGUCCUCUGGCCACGUGCCGUGGAUACCUGUAGAUCCGGCGGUGGUCCUGCCCUUUCACCACAGCCACGGCCGGGUCCCCUGCACCUUUCCACCAAAGCCCCUCCAACAGUCUUUCCAGACGUCAAGAGGCGGAGCUAACAGCCAGAAAAACGACCAGAACAAACAAGGCAACAAGAAAUCUGGUCAAAGCAAACGCAAGUCCAAGCGCAAGAAAUUCAUCAAGAAGUUAAUUGAUAAGUCUGUUUAAGAAGCUCAUCUGAGUGAAGUUUAUUUAUUUAAAGACAGACUGAAAGAUUUCAUUUAAAUUUGAUAUUUAAAAGUGAAUUAUUUUUUCAUAUAUAUGUAUUGUGUGAGAUAAAAUGUUGUUAAAAAUGUUGUUUUGUUAACAAUAAAGGUUUGAAUGUCCGUGUCAAA